AUGGGAGACGGGAACAGGAGAGGCUGCACAGGACGUGUGGUUCUCUUCUGUCCAGGUUAUCCACGCUAUGAAAGUCACACUCUCAGGUCCCGGAGGGAGCAGGAGCUCGACUGUGCCACCCUGCCCCGCAGCAGCAGCGAUGCCGCGGCCGUGUGCAGGAGGACCAAGCUCCCCACCACCACCAGGACAGAAGUAGAAACUCACAGGUUCUCUAUCAAUGGCCACUUCUACAACCACGAGACAUCAGUUUUCACUCCGGCUUUUGGGUCAGAAACCAAAAUAAGAAUCAACAGCCAGAUGAGGAGCAGACAAGUGAUAGAGCAGUUGCUUCGGAAGUUUAAGAUAGAAAACAGCCCCCAUGAAUUUGCACUUUACAUUAUCCAUGCAUCUGGAGAAAAGAAGCAGCUGAGGAGUAGAGAUGUUCCCUUGCUGCACAGGCUGCUGCAGGGGCCCUCUGAGAAGGUUGCCAAGUUCUUUCUCACGGAUGGGGCCGUGGAAGAGAUCAGCAGUGAUGUGGCUCAGUACAUUUCAUUCCAUCUUCCCUUCUUGGAAUCCAUUCUGCACAGAAUAAAUGAAGAGGAGGAGCAGGAGAUUGAACAGACAACUGCAAGGUACACACGAGAGAAGAGGCUGAUCCAGCAGCACCUGCGCAGUCGGAGCGUUCAGAAAACAGAGACCACGGUGUGAUGGGAUGGCCCUGGAGAGCACUGGGAAUGCCCCUGGGAACGCCUGGGCUGCUGAAGGAUGGUCCUGCUGCCUUCUGGGCUGGGACUGAGCAGUGAGAGUGCCCCGUGGGAGAAGUCUCCCCUCACCAUUAACCCCUGCAGCGCAGGGGUGCGGGCUGCUAGCACCCACAGAGAUGCACAUUGCCCAAACUGCAGAUGCUGGCUCUGACUUGGAACUUGGGCAAAAACUCCCCUGAAAAGCCCAAGGCUUUAAAUCCUGCUGAUGUGUGACCUGGCACCAGGAGGCUGGCGUAGAAAAAUGCUGCAAUAACCAAUGUGCUGAUAGAAAAUGCGCAAACUAGGAAUAUGGUUAUCCCUCUGUUAAAGAAAUGUUGUGUUAUAUUAGCAGAAAGCUUUUCAGUAGAGCCAAGUGGCAGAAGAUAUUUAUGUAUUUAAGACUGCAGGUAGGAUUUCCAUUUCAGUUAUAAAACAUCCAUGCAAGA